AUGGUGGUAAUCGAAUCAGAGGGAUCAAUUAGAGCCGAAUGCGUCCGUUUUCACGUGUCGAGAAGGAUCAGAAUUAAGGGAAUAAGUCUCGAUCCACCUGAGUUCUUCGUCAAAGAAGAGUUUUUUAAUUUGAAGACGCAGCCGACGGUUUGGGCUUUACAGGUUAGGAUGGAUCCUAAAGAAAACUUUAACUCGGAUUACCAAGUCCCUACAAUUGAAACAGUAGUGCACGUGGAGGGGUCCGCUGAACCAGAACAAACCGCCACAAGCGAACCCGAGCAGACCGACCCUCUGGAACUGACGACAACUGAUGAGCUCCCUGAAAAAGACGAACUCCUUUCGGAACUUUCGGAACUCGAACUUGCAAAGCAGCUGCAACUCAUUGAGUCCAUCAACUCUAUUCUUCCAGUUCCUGUACCACUGGUUGAAGGAGAAGAUCCGCUGUUACUAAUACCGAAGAUUGAAACGGUUAACGAAGAUGAAGAACUUCAGCACCCGUUGGAACCCUGUCAACCGCCGGAGUUGUCGGAUCAUAUUCAACUGCUGGAGUCCGUAAAAUCGAUUAUUUCGAUCGAGGAAAACCCUCUAGGCUCGCCUUCCACUUCGGCAGAAGAACGUAUCCAGCUGGAAGAACUAGAGCAAGAAAUUCAGAAGCUCAAAGCGGAAAAUUUAUUAGAAAACGAUAACCAGCAGGAAGAAACUGAACAGCAAGAAUUGGUUUCAACUGAGGAAUCGGGUGAUGAACCGGUUGAACUAGGUGCACUGGAUCAAGUGCAAGAACCAGUUUUUUUCCCGGCGGUGCAGGAGGAGCCUAUGGAUCUCAGCACAAACAAUUCUCGAUCAAAAUCAUCACCAGAAGUCAACGACUGGUUGGUGAAAGUAACCAAGAAGAAGCCCAUGGAGCGCAAUACUUGGUAUAUGCCUCCCGAGCAACCGCAAAAGAAGAAGGAGAAAACGCGUAGUAAGCCGAAAAAAAAGAUGGCGGUUGCUCCUCAGGAGGCAACGACCUCAAGUUGCGGAGAACAGCAAGUGGAUCAACGUAGGAAGAAGGUGCCGCCGAAACCCCGGUCCGCGCAAACGACGCGCUCAGCGCCUCGUUUUCGGCAGCCAGUUCAAAGGUCGCAGAUACAACAGGUGCCGGUGCACGUGCCAACACGAGAAUCACGGCCCAUGCCACCGCGACAAGAGCAAGUAUAUACUUGCCGCCAGAUGAUGCAAGCUACUGUCGCCCUGACGUCAGCACACGUGAACAGUAACCCAUGUCCCUGCUGCAAGUUUAGAAGAAUGAUGGAAGCGCAGGCGCAGGCUCAAGCGCGAGCCCAAGCUCGAGCUGAAGCUGAAGCUGAAGCUCAAGCGCAAGCUGAAGCGCGGGCUCAGGCGCAAGCUCGGGCUCAAGCGCAAGCUCAAGCGGAAGCGCAAGCGCAAGCCCAGGCCCUCGCUCAAGCACAGGGGCCAACUCCAGAAAGGCGUCGGCCACCACUGCAAAUGUCAGAAGUUCGAUACAGGGCAAAACAGGCAGCUGGCGGAUGA